AGCUGACAGGGACGAAGAAGAAGAAGGGACGGUCUUGUUUUUGUCAGUCGUCGAGCGCAGCACCUCUGCUGUGAAAAUGCGUAUCGAAAAGUGUUAUUUCUGCUCGGGGCCAGUGUACCCUGGACAUGGAGCGAUGUUUGUACGCAACGACUGUAAGACUUUCAGAUUCUGCAGAUCAAAAUGCAUCAAGAACUUCAAGAAGAAGCGUAACCCAAGAAAGACAAGAUGGACCAAAGCAUUCAGAAAGGCAUCAGGAAAGGAGUUGACAGUGGAUAAUGCUUUGGAGUUCGAGAAACGCAGAAAUAUACCUGUUAAAUAUAACAGGGAGCUGUGGGACAAGACAGUGGAGGCAAUGAAGCGGGUGGAGGAAAUAAAACUGAAACGACAGGCAAGAUUUAUCAUGAACAGAUUAAAGAAGGGCAAACAGUUGGAGAAAGAAGAGGCCAUCACCGAAGUGAAGAAAAAUAUUCACCUUAUCAAAGCACCACAUGCAGGAAAGGCCAAACAAAUGGAAGAAAAAAUGGUGCAGAAGUUACAAGAGGAUGUGGACAUGGGGGAUGAAGAUAAUUAAUCUUGUACCUCCGGGGGUUUGUUUGUGCAAUGAAACUCGAGAGCAAGUUGACCUUGACUUAUAUAGUACUUCUGUUUUGGAAUUAAAAUUUCUAAAUGGCUGAUGAUGGACACAGUAAUGCAUUCAGUUUUAAAUUGCUCUGCAAGGACUGAAAGCAUUGACCAAACAAAGAUCUGCCUCCAAAGCUGCAGCAAUUUACCACACGUGUCCCAGAUAUUUUCUUGCGUGUUAUUUCGGACUGUUAAGAUUCACUCUAUCCUUUUGCAUAGUUUAAUGUAUAACCGUAAUGCAGAAAAUUAUAAAAGGUUACCAACAAAAAAUUAAUAAACAUCUUUUGGGUAA